AUGCUCCAUCACUGGUAUCCACAGCCGAAUUUCACAGCAGCAGAACUUGUCUUCGAAAAGGAGCACCGAUUUUUACAGCCGGUCUGGGAUUAUAUAAAGGAUGGAAACGAGCACAUCCUCUCCUCCCCUCUCUUCCCUCCAUUCUACGCCCUCAGCAUCGACUAUGCUUUUGUAGCUGUAUUUACAUUCAUCGACCUCGUACUCUGUGACGUACCGUUCUUCAAAAAUCACAAGAUCCAGAAAGACCGGAAAGUUACGUGGGAUCUGAUCAAGAAAUCGCUGUUCUUGCAGAUGUGGAAUCAAUUGCUGUGGAUCUACCCAUUGGCGCUCGUUCAGCUGAUUUGGGUACCACCAAUCCACCUGCCCCCACUUGCUCCAACCGUCUUCGAAUUCGUCACCCAGCUUGCAUUCUGCUUCCUGGCCUUCGACUUUUCGUACUUUUGGUUCCACUUCUUGUUCCAUAAGGUCAAAUUCCUCUAUCGAUGGUGCCACUCGGUCCACCAUAUGUACUCCUCACCAUUCGCAGCUGCUGCUCAGCACCUCCACCCCUUCGAGCUCUUCUUCGUCGUAAUCCCCUGGGUAUUCCCCACGCACUGUCUAACAUACUAUGCUUGGUUCUUCAUCGCGCAGGCCGUGUCUUAUGAGGUACAUCUUGGCUACGACUUUCCAUUUGCGCUCCAUCGAUUCCUGUUCUUCUACUCCGGGGCGCCGGCGCAUGACAUGCACCACCUGAGGCCGUUGACCUGCUUCGAGCCGUGGUUCAACUACUUGGAUCGGUUGAUGGGCUACCACAUCACUUACGAGGACCUGAAGAAAAUGGCCGAGGAGAAGAGCAAGCGCUUCGGCCUCUACAACAAGGAAGAGGAAAAGGGAUUGGAGAAAAUCAAC